AUGGGUAAGGAGGAAUCCUCGUUGGAGAAGCCCCGAUUGGAUGUGGCCGACGACACAGUGGGUGUGGGAGAGGUGCUGAACGCCUCGGGACAUCAGCAGGAGCUUGAGCGUCAGUUCAGUCUGUUGUCUAUUUGUUCUGUUGGUAUUACGACGGGAAAUGUGUGGGCGGCGCUCGGAGGGUCGAUCGUCAUCGCCCUCUACAAUGGCGGACCGGCAGGAGUCAUCUAUGAGUUCAUCGCCGUAUCAUGCUUCUACUUCAUGAUUGCAGCCUGCAUUGCUGAAAUGGCUUCUGCCAUUCCCUCAGCGGCUGGCGUGUAUCACUGGGCUAGUGUGACGGGCGGCGCGAAGUACGGAAGGGUCAUCGGUUUCUUUGCUGGAUGGUGGAACGUUCUAGGCUGGAUCUUUGGCACUGCGUCUAUAUCCUCCAUCCUUGCCAACCAGAUCGUUAGCAUGUACGGCCUCUUCCACGAAGGCUACGCCUACGAGCGCUGGCACGUCUUCAUCGUCUACUUGAUCAUCACUUGGCUCGCUUGUCUCAUCGUCCUGUUCGCUAAUCGCGCCCUACCGACCGUAAAUAACAUCGGCCUGUUCUUGAUUGUCGCAGGGUGCUUUGUGACGAUCUUGGUAUGUGCGAUUAUGCCAUCUAGGACCGGGAAGGGGUAUGCGAGUAGUAGUUUUGUAUGGAAGGAUUGGCAGAAUAAGGCGGGGUGGACAAGCGAUGGGCUUGUGUUUUGCGCGGGCAUGUUGAAUGGGGCUUUCGGCGUGGGAACUCCUGACUGCGUUUCCCACCUUGCAGAAGAGCUCCCCAACCCCCGUACCAACAUUCCCAAAGCCAUUCUCGCCCAAUACACUGUUGGCUUUAUACUCGCCUUCCUCUAUCUCAUCACAAUCUUCUACUCGGUCAACGAUCUCGAGACACUCUUCUCCAACCCAUGGCCUUUCCCCUUGGCUGAGCUAUACCGUCAAGCUACGAAUUCAUAUGCUGGCUCCCUUGGACUCCUUCUCGUCAUUUUCCUGCCAACAUUCUGCACCAACGUUGGCUGCUACAUUACGAGUGGGCGAAUGUUGUGGACACUAGGACGAGACGAUGCGACGCCGUUCUCGGCAUGGGUGGGAAAGGUGGAUCGAAAAUGGGGAAAUCCGUUCAACGCGACCCUCGUGUGCGGGAUCAUCAAUACCAUUCUCGGGCUUGUUUACAUUGGGAGCGCUACCGCAUUCACCGCCUUUGUCGGAUCCUUCAUCGUCAUGAGCAGCUUCAGCUACCUCGCCUUCAUCCUACCCAACAUCCUCUCCCGCAGGCGCCACGUGAUGAAAGGCCCGUUCACCAUGCCCGAUCCAGUCUUUUAUACUGUUUCGAGCAUUGCGUGCGGGUACAUGAUUGUGUGGAUCCCCAUCUACUGCUUUCCCACGGCAUUGCCGUUCAACUACACUACUAUGAACUACAGCUCUGCCAUGGUUGGUGGGUGCACGAUAUUGCUAGGUGGUUGGUAUCUUUGGAUUCGCAAUAGAGGCUAUGUCGGCCCCAGGGGGCUAGGAGAAGAGGCGGAAAAGGCAUUGGUGCGUGGAGAGAAGCUGUAG